AUGCCCUCAAUUAGCCGAUCAAAAUCACCACCAAAAGUUCGCGUAGACACAUCUCCAAAACGAAGUGAAUUAAAUAUAGAACGUUUAAAAUUGGCUAGAGAUGAAGCAGAACGAGCCAUGAAAGAACAUAAAAUUUUUACUAUAAUCGGUCCAUAUCCAGCAUUGCGAGAAGCAUUGAGAAAUCGAGGUUGGCUUGAAAAAUUUAAUCGUAAUAGUUCUCUGCCAUCGUUAAGAGGAAGUAGAAGAUCGGAAAAAAAAAGUGGAAAAAGUGAUGAUGAUGAAAAGGAUACGGAUGAUUAUGAUGAUAUGGGUGACGAUGAUCUUGACGAACAUCAAUUAGAAGAUGAUGAAGAAAAACCGUGGGACGAAAAUGAUGGUUAUUACGGUUUGUUAUCACGUUUAGUUAAAAAUGCUGCACCAAAUUUUAUUUGGAGUGUGAGAGCCACAUAUGAUACUAAUACAUUGAACAAAGAUCAAAUGGUCAAUCAUUAUUCGAGAAAUGGAUGUUUUACAACAAAAAUUGGGUUAUGUAGCAGUUUAAAAAAUUUACCGUGGUUUCAUUCAAGCUCUGCCGAUGAAUUUUAUCCUCGCUGUUAUAAACUAUCACAUGAAGACGAUAAGGUCGGAUUUGUAGAUGAUUAUCGUUUAACUGCGUGCAUCAGUUUUCUAAAAUUAAUACAAAAUCGUUGUAAAGGUGUCGCAGAGCCAGACAUGCGAUCUAUUUUGGCCAUGAGUUCCGAUGAUCAUGGUACAACGACAUUGACCGAAGAUUCUUGUCAAACAGUUGAUUUAACAGUUGAUGAACAACAAUCAUCUACAUCUCAGAUUAAAUUAAUGACAGAGCAAGCAGCUACCAUUAUCUCAACAAGUGGUUCUCAAUCAUUACCAUUGUCAAAAGUGAUAAAAGCAACAAAAAUUACCAAAGUUCCCGCAUCGGCAAUUGAAUUUGCCAUAACAAAAGUAUUAGAACUUGCUUUAUUUCGUGAUCAUGAGGAUAUUGACAAAAACAUAAACAAUCAAAAUGAUACAACAGAUGAACAAUGGAAUCAAUUCAUCGAAUAUUUUUAUGCUGCAUCACAUUCAAAUGUUGAUGUCGAAUGUAUGGAGAUAAAUUUAUCAAAAAUUGAUGAUUGUCUAUCGAAAAUCAAGGAUUACUGGCCGCAAUAUCAAAUCGAUGGCACAAGAAACAUUUGGAUCGUAAAACCCGGUGCAAAAUCAAGAGGACGAGGUAUUGUUGUUUAUGAUCGAUUAGAAGAUAUGUUAAAACUUUGCUCGAGUUCACUAUCAAAAGAUGGAAAAUUUGUUGUACAAAAAUACAUUGAACGACCACUUUUAAUUCAUAACACAAAAUUUGACAUUCGUCAAUGGUUCUUAGUAACAGAUUGGAAUCCACUAACAAUAUGGAUGUUCAAAGAUUGUUAUUUGAGAUUUUGUACCGAACAUUUUAGUCUAGAAACAAGAAAUCAAAAUGUUCAUUUAUGCAAUUAUAGUAUACAAAAACAUUACAAAAAUAAUCCUAUAAGACAUAAUAAUUUACCAGAUGAAAAUAUGUGGACAAAUAAAGAAUUUAUUGAAAAAUAUUUAAAACCAAAUCGUUUAACUAAUAAAUGGGAAACACAAAUUUAUCCUCAAAUGAAAGAAGCCAUUGUCUGUUCAAUGUUAGUAGCACAAGAUGCCAUUGAUGCGAGAAAAAAUUCAUUUGAACUAUAUGGAGCUGAUUUUAUGCUUGAUGAAAGUCUAAAACCAUGGUUAAUUGAAAUUAAUUGUUCUCCAACAAUGGCUCGUUGUACAGCAGUUACUACAGACAUGUGUGAUAGUGUCCUCGAAGACACGUGUAAAGUUAUGAUCGAUAGAAAAUAUAAUAAAUCGGCUGACACAGGACGAUUUGAACUAAUUCAUAAAGGAAUUCCCGUUCCGGUACCUACGUACAUUGGUAUUGAUCUUCGUGUUGAAGGUAAAUUGUGUAAAACCGGUCGAACAUCGUCGACAGCGCAUCCUGCAACAACGACAUCAACAAUAGUACCGUCUUCCUCCUCUGUAAAUACAUUAACACAUCAGCGCAGUACGCUACAGUCUCAAUCUCCUAUAAAUUUUGAUACAUUAGCCACACGCUCUCAGCAAAUAACAUCUGUCUAUUCUCCUAAUAAUAGCAAUACUGAGAGUCGUGUUACCUUAAAACUACGACGUGAAAUGACACAACCAACAUUGGCACGUGUAGAACUUUUAUCAAAUUCACCUCUAGAAACUCUAGCAUUUUCUCAGUCAGCCGAUGAUAAUUAUCAUCAAUAUAAUCAAAUAAAUGGAAAAAAUUUUGCCAAAUUAUUUCGUACGCAACAAAAUGAUCCAUUGCAUAGUAUACAACCAGCUAAACUUAAAACAAAUCCAUCACGGAUGUUUAUUGAUUCAUUGCCAGUACGACAAUUGAGUAGAACAAAAGUAAAUGAUAGAUUACCAUCUCCGAAAGGUGCUAGUAUGGAGAAUAUUCGUCGCUUAAAACAAGGAGGACACUGGCUAUCAUACAAUCAUCAUCCACCACUGAAUUUUAAAGCAACAAAUGGAAAAUUAUUCCAAAGACAAAAAACAUUUGCAUCCUCAAUGGUAGUAGCAACGGCGCCAUCUACAAUGACUAAUUAUAAAAUCGAUCGUGAACUAAAUAGAGAUUCGACUUCAACGAGUUUAAUAUCGUCCUCGUGUGCAUUAAGUGGUACGUCUCAACAACGUCUGUUAUUUCCCGUAACACAUCUAGUUGCUUAA